AUCGCCCACGCGAGCAGUCACUGCUUGCAAAGAAAGUUUCGCGCUCGCGUGAAAAAUAGGCAGCAGUUGGCUACUGAAAAUUAUAUAUACGCCACCAAAAUUUAAAGUUUUUAUUGAUGGACUUUAUAGAUAAUUUGUUGGUUAAGACAAGUUAUUCUUUGGUGUUUUCGUUGAUAGAUAUUUUCGCUUUUAUUCAAAAUCGUAUUUUGUUUCAUUUAGCAUAAAAAUAUUUUUUUAAAUAAAUUUAUAUUGUGGAAAAAAUAUUUUCUAACAAAAGUCAUAUCCCGGUAUAUUUUGGUUUUGGCUUCUUUACGAAGAUAUAUUUUUUUUUAAUCCACGUACGCGUUAUAAAAAGUUUAGUGUUAGUUCUGUGAUUUGGUCGAUGUGAAAUGAAAAUUACAAUUGGAUUUUUGCGUGUCGGAUUGCUGCUUUGCGGGAUUUUUGCCGAUUGGUGCUUGUGUCUGAAAGACGUACAAAUCAAAGUGCCUGCGACAGUGGAGCGUGGACACGACGCCAUCUUGCGAUGCAUGUUCGAUUUGGACGGAGAUCGGCUAUACUCCGUUAAAUGGUAUCGAGGGAAUUACGAAUUCUACAGAUACACUCCUAGCGAGAGACCGCCAAUCAAACAGUUCAAAAUUAAGGGCAUGUUUGUGCGAGAACAGGACUCCAACAGCACGCAGGUCGUUCUGGAGAACGUGUCGAGGGACAUUAGCGGCUCGUACAGCUGCGAAGUAACGGCGGAACAGCCCAGCUUCUUCACCGACAUGCAAACCGCCGAGCUGCAGGUGGUUGAUUUGCCGCAAGGCGACCCUGUCAUCAGCGGUCUGAAACCCCGCUACAGGGUCGGGGAGACCCUGAAGGCGAACUGCACGUCCGAAGGCUCGAACCCAGCGGCCAACUUGACGUGGUAUCUCAACGGGAAACCCGUCGACGCGAAAUACGUUCAUCGGCACAAACCCCGACUCAACCACGAGGACAACCUUUUAACGGUUCAUUCUAUUUUGAGGUUCCAAGUGACGAAUCACCUUCUCAAAGAUGGCAGGAUGAAGAUUCGGUGUACAGCAAGUCUUCACAAUCUGUACCACCGUAUUAGCGAAAAGAGUGUUGGUAGAGAGAAAAAACACCAUAGGCAUCACGUGCUCACCACUUCAACCACCAUGGUACCAUAUAGAUCGUGGGAACUUACCCAGGCGGCCAAGAGACCUCCUGACUCAACAUGGGUAUUUCUGUCACCAAUAAGCGGUGAAAGUACCAAUAAAAGUUCCAAAAAUUCUUGCCAAAUUCUGUAUACUUUAACAAUAAUAAUAAUUAAUAAUAUAAUAAUGCAAAGGUGAUUGCCUACUCUAUUAAUUUAGGGUAUAUAGUAUAUAAAUGUACUGUAAUAAGUAUGA